UGACAUAUCUGCAGCCUCCAAUCUGAACUCUAAACUCCUCUAUUCUCCGACAGCGUUAAUCAUCUCACCCGUUCAGGACAACAAAUAAAAACACGUAGAUGACCGCAAACUCAUAUUACGUUUUUGUAAGAUAAAUUCACAGUCACACCGCAUGACCGCGUUUAGACCACAGAGUAGACAAACAGUAAACAGUGUGCUGGCGCGUGACGCGCGUUUUCUUGUCUCGUUGACGAUGUCCAUGUUUCGUCGUGCGUAAAUAAGAUGCACUACCGUUCUACGAGGUUUUUUACCUCGAUGACGAUGUCGACUGCUCAUAGUAAAAGAGUAUUUCAAUAGAUAGUGCUGUACACCUGCAAGGCUGCUGUUGUGUUUUGUCCAAAGGGUGCGAGGGACAGCAGGAUGCUGUCCCGUAAGAACAAAGACUUGAGAACCAUCAAGGAGGGCGUCGUUGGAAAGUAUGUCAAAAAGGACACACCACCCGAGAUGCCCAUUAUCAAUGUUUGGACAACAGAGCCAAACAGAAGAGGUCGUAGAUUGAAUCAACCUACAAUGCCUCCGUCCAUGCAUAUGAAUUCACAGCAGCCAAUGAUGGUACAAAAAUUUGGCAAUACCAAGUCCACUCUGAGUGCUGUUGGCUUGGGAAGCCAUGAAGGGAAGUACACACCUAAUAGUUCAGUUCCUGACUUAGCUCAGAGAUUUGCCAGUCUUUCGUUGAACUCUGCCUCGAGUGAUGGAAUGCCGUCACGUACAGCCACACCGCUGUAUCAGCCUAGUCUGUCACCCGCCAUGUCUCAUACUUAUGUCAAUCAGUAUGCAGGUUCAGAGUAUCAUUUAGAUAGAGAUCAACACACACCGCAAAUGCCUUAUACCUACGAAGUGGAUGGUUAUGAAGAUUACAAUCCUCAAACACAGUACAGGCAAAAUACUGGGUAUAGUCACACAGUAUCUGAAAGACCCAGCUCGAGAAAUGAGCAGUCCGAAGAGCUGCCCUUACCACUAGGUUGGUCUGUUUAUUUUACUCUCAGAGGAAGAAAAUAUUAUGUUGAUCACAACACCAGAACCACUCAUUGGUCUCAUCCUUUGGAAAAAGAAGGGUUGCCCACUGGGUGGGAAAGAAUAGAUUCGCAAGAAUACGGGAUAUAUUAUGUCAAUCACAUUACAAGGCAGGCUCAAUAUCAACAUCCAUGCUAUCCAACAGAAAUGCAAACUGUCAGAGUUGUGCCUCCACCACAGCACACAAAUUUUCAUCCACAUAGUGUCUUAGUACCUGCUAAUCCAUACAUUAAUGAGGAGAUUCCUCACUGGCUGUAUGUUUAUAGUCGCGCUUCCGUAGAUUUUGAUCGCAAAUUGAAAUGGGAACUAUUUCGUUUGCCUGAACUUGAUUGUUUCAAUGCAAUGUUAAUAAGACUGUUUACCCAAGAAGUAAGAGAAAUCGUUAUGAGAUAUGAAAAAUAUAGGAAUGCUUUAAGGUAUGAAAUUGAACGAAGGUCAAAGGAAGAAGAUGACGAAUCUUCUAAUUCAAAUCCUCGAGCAGUUAUCACAGAUUUGUUUUGAGCUUGAAUGACUGGCAUACUGUUUUAGAUGUGUGCAUAAAUUAUAAUAAAUAGCAAAAUGAUAUUUUUUGUAUAAACUAUUGUUAAUAUAUUUACAAUGACAUUU